AGCAAUUUAUCAUCUUACCCAAACAUGCCCAUUUCGUUCCGCAACGGCCCACACAUUCUAUCUCCAAAUUUGGCUCUAUAUAAAGUGCCCAUGCAUGCUCCUCUUUCAUCAACCAUAAAAGUUUCCAGCUGUGCUAAGCGCUAAGUGCUAGUCUAACCCACAAAUUCUGUCUCUUUCUAGUUUCUCCUCUACCUUGACUAACAAUGUCCGGGGUGUGGGUGUUCAAGAAUGGUGUCGUCCGUCUCGUCGAAAAUCCGGCCGCGGAGUCGAUGGAGAGAGGGCAACGAAAGGUGCUAGUCCAUAUCUCUACUAAUGAAGUCAUCACUAAUUAUGACGUGCUCGAGAGAAAGCUGAUGGCCUUAGGUUGGGAGCGUUAUUACGAUGAUCCUAAUCUUCUUCAGUUCCACAAACGCUCCACUGUUCACUUGAUUUCUUUGCCAAGGGAUUUCCGCAAAUUCAAGUCCAUGCAUAUGUAUGAUAUUGUCGUCAAGAACCGUAACAUGUUUGAAGUUAGGGAAAAUUAGUUGCUUACUUGAAUAACUUUCUUGACCUUUUUAAUUCAUAUAAGUCCCUCUUUUCAUUUAUUUUCUUAAAUUUGGAGGGUGGUUAUUUUUCUGAAGUUUGCGUGAGUGUUUGGAUUGCUGGUUUGUAUUGUGCUUAAUUAAUUAGGUUAGGGAGGCUUUCGCGUUAUCAUUGUUGUGGAUAGUUAACUAUGUAUAGAGUGAUUCUGGUUUGGAACUCGGCAGAUUUUGUGUGAAACAUUGAUUUACUCUUUUGAGUAAUCCCUUGACUUCUACAAUUUUUUCAUGCUGUGCUUUAAAUAUAAUAUCAUCCAGUAUUAUAUCAAAAGAAAAUAUCUUCAA